AUGACAUCAAAACGGGAGGUGUGCUACUAUUUUCACCACGACGUACCAAAUUUUCAUUAUGGCUCGAGGCAUCCUAUGAAGCCGCAACGUUUAGCUGCUCUUCAUAGUCUCAUCGUCAAUUAUGGCUUACACAAAGAAAUGCUUGUACUUACGCCGCCCCGUGCAUCUGCGAUGGAGAUUGAGCGAUUCCAUUCGAAGGAUUAUGUAGACUUUCUUCAGCGGGUGUCACCCCGGACGGCUGACCAAUAUGAAAAUCUUUUCUCGCAAUAUAAUAUUGGUGAAGACUGUCCAAUUUUUGAUGGAAUUUUCGAAUUUUGUUCCAUUUAUACGGGCGCUACACUUAGCGGUGUUGCUCGUUUGAAUCAUGGUUUAAGUGAUAUUGCUAUUAACUGGAGUGGUGGUCUUCAUCAUGCUAAGAAACGUGAAGCUUCAGGAUUUUGUUAUGUAAAUGACAUUGUUAUUGGAAUUUUAGAAUUGCUCAAAUACCAUCCUCGAGUACUUUAUAUUGAUAUAGAUAUACAUCAUGGUGAUGGAGUUCAGGAAGCAUUCUAUUUGACUGAUCGAGUGAUGACAGUUUCGUUUCACAAGUACGGCAAUUAUUUUUUCCCAGGAACUGGAGAUAUGUAUGAUGUUGGACAAGACAGUGGUCGUUAUUACGCUGUGAACGUUCCCAUGAAAGAGGGGAUGGACGAUGAAAAUUAUCAUUCCUUGUUCAAACCAGUUGUACGAGCUGUUAUUGAUUGUUUCAAUCCAUCAGUUAUUGUACUGCAAUGUGGCGCUGAUUCAUUGGGGUGUGAUCGCUUAGGGUGUUUUAACUUGAGCUUUUCCGGCCAUGGGGAAUGUGUAGAUUUUGUUCGCAGUUUGGGAAUUCCAAUGCUUGCAGUAGGUGGUGGAGGAUAUACAUUACGUAACGUUGCGCGGUGUUGGACAUAUGAAACUGCAAUUCUGGUUGGCAAAAAAGAUGAAAUUCCAGAUGAAAUCCCGAAUAAUACUGAAUACCUACAGUUCUUUGCCCCGGAAUUCACACUAAGACCGACGUUGGCAAAAAGGCAGGAGAAUCAAAAUACCAAAGAAUAUAUCACUGCUUUGAGGCAAGAAGUGUUGGAUCAUUUGAGGCAAAUUCGUCAUGCUCCUUCGGUGCAAAUGCAAGAAGUUCCACCCGACCUUCUAGACCCCGAUGAGGUAUUCUCUGUACAGGAAUCUCCUCCAGACGUUCUUCCAACUGAUGAUGAUCCAGAUGGCGCUACAUUUUUUGGUACCAAUUCCGAAAUUGACCGCCCAUCAUGA